AGGGAUUAUUUGGUAGAGAAAGCGAUAUAGAAGAUGAUACAGAGGAAUUAUUUGGUAAAGACGAUGAUAAAAGAGAAGAUGAUAUAGAUAUGGAAGAAGACAAUGCAGGAGAAUUAUUUGGUAGAGAAAACAAUGCAAAAGAAGAUGAUAUAUUGAAUUAUUUG